AUGGCAACCAAGACAAUUGUCGCUUUUGAUCUAUAUGGCACUUUAUUGUCAACUGAAUCGAUCGUUAAACAACUUGAGAAACACUUUGACAAUGCCAAGGCGCAGUCGAUCUCGUCGCUCUGGAGGCGGUAUCAACUGGAGUACACAUGGAGAUUAAACAGCAUGGGCCGCUAUGAAGAGUUCUCAGCCAUCACACGUAACUCACUGAUACACGCGCUGGCCGACAACAACGAGCAGCUAAGCAACGACAAUAUCGAACACUUCAUGCAAGCUUAUGACAGUCUCUCUACGUUUUCUGACGUGGAUCCAGCUUUGAGCCACAUAGCUGCAGACCCAACCAUCCAAGCCGUGAUAUUCUCCAAUGGGACAAGAAGUAUGGUAUCCAACUCGAUGUUGCGGUCUAGGGACCUUUCGCCGCACGCGAGUGUCUUCCAAGACAUCGUCACCUCAGACAAAGUCAAGCAAUAUAAGCCAUCACAGGCAAGUUACAAGCACCUAGCAAAGCAGACAGGCCAAGACCCAUCACAUAUGAACAAACUUUGGCUGAUUAGCGGCAACCCUUUCGACAUUGUCGGGGCGCGCGCUGCAGGCAUGCAAGCUAUAUGGGUUGACCGUGUUGGUACGGGAUGGAGGGAUGCCAUGGCUCCAGAUCUACGGCCAACGGCCAUUGUGCACAGUUUGGAGCACAUUGUGAACGAGAUUCAUAGACAUCGGCUUUAA